GACAGUUUGAUAACCAUUUCCGCCUAUUUCUCGCUCAAAUCGCUGUGUUUAUGAAGAGAAGCAUGUUGAGGGAUUAAAUUUUGCGUCAAGUGCUGUCUGUAAAUUUAUAAGUACACCCACAAAUGGACCCUAACAGCAUUAGUCGCACGAACUGGGCCAUAAACCGGCGGGCGGAGGGUUUAGUGAGUAAACACAUGGCAGACAUGGCACAGAGACGCGCAGCGGUGUCUGAGGAGGAUCUGCACCCUCUGCCCGGAGACUUGAGCAGAAGCGCAGAAGAAAUCCCGGGGCGGGCCGAGGUGAAUUUCAGCGCCGAUUCACAGUCCUACAAUCCUGCUGCAGGAGUGGCGGGAAAGUUGAUGAACGAGGACGCGUCUACAUCAUCAGAGUCAGCGGCACAGAGAAAAAUCAUAUCACUGCUUAUUGAGAUCAAGGAGGAGCAGCAGAGGCAGUGGGAGGUUCUGAAAGAUCUGCAGGCCAGGAUUCACGGACAAGUGUGCGAAGAGGAAGAUGAGCCGCUCGACAUCGAUCUGCCGCUACGAACAAUGGAGCAACUUGACGUAACAGAGCAGCAUUUAGAAGAUGCUGAAGCUCAGAGGAGAAUGGUGUCACACCUCUCAAGGAUGGGCGGAGCCACAGUGGAUGAUGCAGUUCGGCGUCUUAUGCACACAGUUCUAUCUUUCAGUGUGGGCUCAGAGCUCAACUGGGUUGGCAGAGGACAGAAGAGGAGCUUCAGAAACACCAGACUGCAGGGUGUUUUAUUUCGUGCCUUAAAGAGGACACCUAUUGGAAAGGAGGCCACGCAUCAUCAGUUUGCUGAUGUAGUGAAGAAAUGGUUGCGGUUUGCCCUUUUCGACAGAGAGGAAGUGGAAGAAGACCCCACUGGAAACCUGUGGAGUUCAUCUGUCCCAAAUAUGAUAAUACAGUAGAGGAUCAUAACCCGCUAAACUUGGAAUCUGGAGAGGUUCAGGUCACAAUAUAAUAUAAUUAUAUGUAAUACUGUGUCAUUAAAUGACAAAGUAUAAUUAUAAAAUAUUAAAAAUAAACAAGGAAAGUGAACUUAGUAAAUGAAGAAUUGACCCCAGAGUGUGAAGGAUUGACAUUUAAAGGAUAAAAGGUUUAAAGGAUUCAAAGGUUUUUAUCUUUUGUCAUAUUACGUUCUUUGUAAUAUAAUAUUGCCUUUGCAGCUUUUAAGUUCAAAUAUUGAAUCAUUUGAAAAUGUUCAAAUUAAAGAAUAGAUAUUUAAAAUGAAAAUAGAAACAGUGUUAUAAUGAUCGUUUUGCACCUACAAAUAUAUUUGAAAUAUAUUGUACUGU